AUGAUCCUAGUGAUGACAUGUGACUACAAAAAGAAGUUGUAAUGUUUCACAAAUAAUAUAUAGGGGAUAUAGGGGAUUAGCAAAUUUUCUUUUAGUGCCAUCAGCAAUAUUCCUCUUUAAUUUCUGAUCUAUCUUCUCACCGUAUAUUAUUAGAAAACAAUCAAUAUUUCAAAACUUUAUAAUAUAAUAGUAUAACUAACUAUUAAAUUUCAAGAGUCAAGAACAUGUCAAUACGUAUUGAAAAAUCAAGGGUUUCAAAAUAGUCAAUGAAUAUCAAUAUGUAUUGCAAAAUCAAAGGUUUCAUUAUGUCCAUCAAUGAACAGAAAAUACAUAUAUACAUGUAUCUACUGACGCUAACAUCCACCAAUACAAAAUCAAAGGUAUCAUUAUAUUAUGUCCCUUAGCAUGGUUAAACUUUUGUAAUAGUUUAAAGCAGAUUUCCCAUAUAAACUUAACGUCAAAUAUUAUAUAAUCAGCAAAAUCAGACAUUAAGCAUUUAGUUUACAAUAAAUAAAAUAAUAUCAAAUAUUUAUAUAGAUUAUGAUUUUUAAGCUUUAAAUAAUAAUAUAGAUCCAUUAUUCAAACUAAUGAUUCAAUUAAGAUAAUUAAAAUAUAACAAAUAAAAAAAAUUAUUAACUAAAAUUAUUGAAAAUAUGAUAAUAAUCAAAAUAUACUAAAAUCAUGGAAAACAUGACAAAUAAGUCAAAUCACUUUUCAAAUAAUAGUAUAGAUGUUGAUACUUUUUGCGGUAUACGUCAGACUAUCCACAUAUAAUCUCAAAUCUAAAAAAAAGACAAGAAUCACACACCUACAAGAUCUUCUUUUACAGUUGGGAUUGAGUUGUAUACGGUCAAUAUAACAAAUUUCUUUGUCAUUGAUUUGAUGAGUGAGAUGUACUAUUGGUUAAUGAUGUGAAAAUUGAUCGUAUGGAAUGAGGAUUGAGUGGUAAUGGUAAAGAUGAUCAUGAAGAGUAACGAAUCCAAUCACACACCUACAAGAUCUUUCUUUUACAGUUGGAAAAUUUGAGUUGUAUGACCAAAUUGUGUAGUUAAUUAGGUUCAGAUAUCAGAUUAUCUAUUUUUUUUAAAAUCAAAAUGAAAGUCAAAAGUUAUGAAAAUAUUUUUUCCUUCUAAAUUAUAAACUUAAUAUAUGGAUGUAUAUCUUACAUAAUGCAUCCGUGAUUUUUUUAUCAAAAUAUUAAAUUACAAUUUUUUCUUUAUGAAAAUUUACUUAAUUAAACAAAUUAAAAAUUACUAUCUACACAUUUCUUGUGGACAUGCAUCCAAUUUAUGAUUUCCAAGUAUAUUAUUAAAUCGAGAAAGAAUUAAAUUUUGCUUUUCAUAAAAUUGAUUACCGUGAGAUAUUACAUCUUUUUAUAGAUUGGAGUAGUGCAUGCUUAAAGUUAUAUAAAGAGAUGGAGCUCUCAAAUGUAAUGACCCAAAAAAAAGGAGAGAUAGGUAGAUCUUUCCUAGUUUCUAAAAUGUCCCAAGUAGUGAGUUGUGGUGAGAUGGAACCAAGCAGGUGGUCCAAACUUCCUUCAGAUCUCAUGCAGUUGGUUUUAGAACAUCUUGGUUUUGCAGAUUUUCAAAGGGCUAAAUCUGUUUGUUCAUCUUGGCACUAUGCAUCCAAACAAACUUCACCAAACAAUCAAAACCCUUGGUUGAUUCUAUUUCCAGAAGAAGGUAAAGAUUGCUGCCUCUUGUUUGAUUCCGAGGAAAAGGAUGACAAGUUAUAUAGAAUUCAAAAUCUAGGGGUCAACUUUGCAAAUAGUAAUUGUUUGGCUACUUAUGGAAGUUGGCUCUUGAUGCAAGACGAUCAUCAAUACAAUAUAUUAUACAUUUUGAAUAUAUUCACCUGUGAGAAGAUCGAUCUGCCUUCCAUGAAGUCUCAACUUAGAAUUGUAGAGACUGAAGAUGAUAUGUUUCUUGUAAGAUUACAAGACAACAGAGAUGUUCUAUUCUGGUUUGACGAGAAAACCAAAGAUUAUGUGAUUAUAUGGAUAAUCCAAGCCCGUUUUUUGGUUUAUUCCAGAAAAGGUGAUAAAUAUUGGAAACGAAUUGAGCUUUUCAACUUUAAUUUUGACAUGGUAUACACAGAUCAUAGACUCUACUUGUAUACUAGCUCUCGUGAUGUCAAAGUCUUGGAUUUUUCACAAGAUAUCCCGCGACAAGUAUUCGAGACGCAAGUUAACUAUGAUUAUUCGAAAAAACCAGAGGAUGUUUUCUACUAUGAUGCUCCUCUUCAUGUAUGUAGGAAGAUCAAGACUGAAAAUCUUGUAGUCAGAGUGACUGGUGAAGUUCUGAGGGUUAAGAGCAUAGUUUUGUGCAAUUCUGACGUUUGGUACUUCCGCAUCUACAAGAUGAAUUCAUCAAAUAGCGAGUGGGAGAAACUUGAUUCUUUGGAAGAGGAAGAAGCAAUAUUUUUGGAUCUUGGUAUCACCGUUACGCUUGCCAACACCAUCGAAGGAGUCAAUGGAAACUCAAUAUAUUUCAGCGGCAAUCAUAAUAACUAUUGUGAUUCUGAUUUGGGUCAUUUUUGGAGUAAAAAAGAUAUACUUAUCUUCAAUUUUGGCACACAAGAAAUUGAAAGACCACAUCCAAGUAUCUUUUCGUCCAUUCAAUUAUCUAAUGCUCGAUGGUUUGUCCCAAAUUUCAAACAAAUGUGAUUGGGAAUCUCAACUCUAUUAGUGUACCUUUUCAAUUAUUUUGCAAGUGAGCGUUAAAUUUACCAUGUUCACCUAUGAGAAGAUCGAUCUGCCUUCUGCUUUAUCUCUAUAUUCAGCUCUCUCUGUUUCGUUUUUUCUAGGAGAUUAAAAACGAGUUUUGGAUUACUCUAUGGGUUGUUGUAGUCUCAACUCCAAACAUAUUUAUCUUCCUGCUAUAAUUUUCUCAUAUACAUCAUCUUGGAUUUGGUUUGUGCUAUGUGCAGCGUCUUCGUUAUCAAAUCUUUUGUUUAUGGUUGGUAAAUUAUUAUUUUUGAAUAACCAGUAUAUUUUUACUGUUUUGAAUAACCAAUAGAUUUUGAAUUGAUGCCUUGGCUUAAACACAAUACCUUCUGUUUGAACACAAUUUUCAAACCGAAAACAGUUCGCUAAACCCGAAAAUAGUUUCUUAAACCCGGCCUGAAUGAAAUCUCUAAUUCUCCAAAUCUAGACUCUAAACACGACAUCCUAACCCAAAAUAAUACCCUCAACGGAGAAUCCUCGUCUUGUUGAUUCACCCGUGCUCAUGCACCACAUGACGCAUAGAUAUCUCUAUAAUAUUAUUUGAGAAGUCAGUUUUUUAUGUGUCGCGCUCACGUUAACUCUCACGACGGUUGAUUACGUUGAUACUUUUAAUGAACUAUGAGUUAAUCCGCGCUACGCGCGGAGCUAUUUUGAUUUUUAAAUGUUAACUAUAUAGCUAUUCAUUUGGAUGUUGUAUUCUGAAUAACAACAAAAUUCUAAAUUGUAUGUUUGUGUGAAUAGUUAUUUCUUUAGAAAAAACAGAAAACUACACAUUUUUUCAUAUAGAUGUUUCAUAUAGUUUUCCAUUUUUUAUAUCAUAUAUUUACUUAUUAUUUAAUUUUUCUUAAUUUGUAGGGAAAUUCUUUCAAAUAGUCGUUUUUAAGUUUUUGUCACAAAAUAGUCAUCAAUAAAAAAAUGACCAAAAUAACCCAUUUUAUUUUGAAAAUUUUAAUAUUUCUUUUUUUAUUUUUCAAAAUUUGAAAUCAUAUCCACAAAACUCCACCCCAUAACUCUAAACCCUAAGUCUAGUUUAUUUAACCUUAUAGCAUAGAUGUAUUUUUACUCUUUAAUAAAUGUUUAACUCAGAUAAAUGUUUAAUUUAGUUUUUCUAUUUUUUAUAUUGUAUAUUUACUUAUUGUUUAUCUUCUCUUAUUUUGUAUACUUAUUUAUUCUAAAUUUCUUGCUUUUAUAUCAAUCAUAAUAUUACUAUAUAUAUUUAA